AUGACAAGUCAUCAAUUGCUACAAGAUUCCGUUGGAUUAACCCUAGUUAGUGGAAAUGACCGUAUAGAUCGCACAGCUAUCAUCAACACAAUUAGUAAAAUUGUACCGGUUAAUGAGAUUGAAUCCUUCGGUAACUUAGGUGAUGCCAAGAAAUGGUUCAUCUUAUUCAAAACAAAAUCAUCAAAAGAAAAAAUGCUACAACUCGAACAUUUAAAAGUUAACGAUCAAAUAUUUUCUGUUCACAAACCUCACAGACAAGUAAAAUUGAUUCGACUACUUAAUAUUCCAUCAUCUAUCUCAAAUGACGUUAUUCGUGAUGUUGUAUCAAAAUGGAAGGGUAUGAUUGUCAGUGUAGAAUGUGAGUGUCUUCCACGACCUUUUUCAUCAAUUAAAACAUUUGUUCGACGAAUACGUAUGAAAUUUGAGUCACCAAAUGAUGAACAGAAUAUUCCGAUAUCCUUUAAAUUGUUUGGUAUAACCAUUCCCGUAUUAUUGGAGGGCAGAAUUAAGGUGUGUUAUCGUUGUAAAUCAUCAGGCCAUAUUAAAUCUGAAUGCACGGCUUUAAAAUGUCGUGUAUGCAUGGAAAUUGGGCAUGAUGAUUCAGAUUGUACGAGGAAGCGAUCUUAUGCUAAUAUUGCAGGAACUUUCUCAAGACAAGCUUCAACACCAACAACUGAUAAUCGAAUAAUAAAAAAAACUCCAUCAUCAGGUAUUGUACAUCAUUCAACACCAAUAUCAAGUGAUGAACUACCACCAACACCUACCGUUGUUGGUAUACGUGAUGCUGAUGAAUUUGAAAGUCCACAACUAUCAGCAACACAAGAAUGUAUUGCAGCUGUGGCUGCUUUACCUCCAGGUGAUCAAGAAGAACAAUUAGAUGUUGAACAACAACCUGCUGUUCAUCAAGAACUAGAUGUACAACAACAACCAAAUAUACAACAACAGCCAGAUACACAACAGCAAACAGAUAUACAACAACAAACAGAUAUAAAACAACAAGCAGAUACGCAACAACAGCCAGAUACACAACAGCAAACAGAUAUUCAACAACAAACAGAUAUACAACAACAAACAGAUACACAACAGCAAACAAAUAUACAACAACAACCAGGCGUUCAACAACAGUCAGAACGUCAGCAAGAACUGGAUGAUGAACGGCAAAUUAUGUUAGGCCAAGACAAUAUUCAUCCGAAUGAUAAAGCAUCUAAUAUAAUUAAUCAAGCCCCGAGCAUUAAUUUUAUAGAAGCAUAUCAAAUGUAUAAGGAUGGUCAAAAUGUGUUAAAACGACCCCGCCAUGAUGAGAAUAAUAUAACAAUAAAUGAGUCAAAAAAGCAACAUCUUCAUAUCUCUCUUCCAAUGGAGGAGAAUGUGGAAGAAGAAGGUGAAAUAUAA